AUGAAUCAGGAGGAGGACAUCCCGACAAGAGUCACCCGUGGUGCUCUUCGUCGGCGUUCGGUCGACCAGGAAGCCACCCCACAAAAACCGAGCGGUACGACUGCAAGUGGAACGCCAAAAAAAUCGAACAGCACCACCAAGCGACUUAAUGCGCUAAACCCGAUACAGGAGAGUGAAGGUCGCCCAUCCACUCCUAUCGCCGGCCGUACUGGCCGACGCCGUAUGUCGGAAACCGUCGAUACUCCGACAACGUUGCCUAACAAAUUGGUACAGAACCUCAAAGAAGCAGAAUUGAACUCCGACUCUGGCAAGCGUUCCCGUAAUACUUCACUCACAGAGGAAAACUUGAAAGAACUGAAUGUAGGUUACGAAAGUGGCGGCACGACGUUAUUGACCCGCUCUCGCACGCCUGCUCGUGUUCGCGCGUCCCAUGAGACUCUGGUUACAAGCGGUUCUCCAUUAUCUGUAACUCCAGCCCUACGUCGCUCCACUCGGCGCAACAGCGUCACAUCCGACGAUGGAAAUAUUUCGGUUCAGUCGCUUCCAAUCACUACCCCGAAGACGAGUUCUGGCCUGCGUGGCCUAAAGGACGACACAAUUAUGGAGGAGGAUGCCGGUGAUGAUCGAGCUGAAUCAGUAUCGUCCGACAUAUCCACACGUCACAUGCGAAGCCAAUCGGCAUUAUCGCAUGUCUCCGCUUCUGCCAGCCCACGCAGUGCUACUGCGAGUCCAGUGUUGGCUGUAAGGAAUGAAUCAACACCUCCGCGCGCCAUUGCAACUUCCCGAAUUGUUAUAACCCCUGUAUCGCUGUCCAAAAUGUCACCACGCUCCAAAAAUGUUUCCUUCAGUGAUGAUUCGAAACGAGACGGCAAUCAGAGCUCGUUUCCCAAAACGCCAACACCCGUGUCAAAGGAAGUUUUUAUUAUUGUCGAAGAUCUUCGCAACUCCGAGCUGAAGGGUGUUUCACCGAAGGUGGAUGCUGUAAUAGAUUUAUCACCGAAAAAAAUAGAAACAGAGAAGGAACAGGAAGAACAAGCGGUCCGUUCAUCUCCCAAGUUCGAAAACAUUGAGGGAGUUAAUCAGACACUGAACGAGACCGUCAAGGACAAUACGAAUGCUUCCUCAAACAUAGUCGAACUACAGAACGAUCAAAGUUUCGUGGAAAAUGCUGGCGAUAAUGAUGUCAGUGGAAUCGAUGUAUUGGAGAGGUCUGUAAAAGAUGUUGUUGACACAAAAGCAGAUAUCAAUCCGAAGGCGAAUGAAUCCCUUCCUGCAGAAAACAAAUAUCCAAAGUCUUGGGCACUGCCAUUGCGACGUUCCGGCUCGGAAGCUAUAGAUCAAUACACCGUUCCAAAACCGGAAGAGCAAGAACGGCUCGAAGAGCUAAAAGAAGCCUUGCCGAAGGCUCAAAAGGAUUCAUCGUUUAAAUCAAGUUCGUCAGGAGCAGAACAGUCAGCAGACGAGAGCGAAGACAACGAAGAUGAUAAGGAAGCAAUGCGGGAAGGCAAUGAAUUUAUUGACGAUGAAGCGCUCGAAGUGGAGGGCUAUCAGUCGGGUGACUCGAUGGAUGAAGAAUUGAAAAGAGAAAUCGAAGAGAACGAAAUUCCUGAUCAGGGCGAAGAUCUGGGAAGUGAAGAUACGGAGGAGCAUGACGAUGAAAAUGAGGAAGACCAGGAGUAUGCUAAUGACUCGUGGCUUGUCUCUGAGGACAAUGAAAUGGAUGAAGAACAGUUAUUACGCAGUUCAAAUGAGGACCUGACGACGAGUGGUACAACUUCACCUAAGCAAACUAUCCUUGGGGGAAAAAAAUUUACCAUUCUCGACGACAGUGAGGAGGAUGAAGGAAAGGAAAUCAGCAUUGGUGUUGGGAACAAUUCCUCGCCUCUGAAGUCCCCGAAAUGUACUCCCAGCAUAAAACGUUCGGUAACACCGGUUUCGAUGCUGCAGACUGGUGACAACGAAACGUCUGAGAACAGUUUUGUGGCUAGUUUGCCUAAAACUCCUACUCGUGCUACAUCACCCAUGAAAGAUACAUCAAGUUCUCCAGUUAAAAUAUCUUCCAACCAGAAACAGCUUCACGAAUUUGUCGAAGUAGCAGCCACCCCAAAAAAAGACAAAACAAUAGACAGCAGCCUGGUCAUAUUUGAGGAUGCUAAUGAGGCGAAGGAAGAAGGUCAGCAAAUGGCAAAGGAAACGGAUAAUAGUGCAUCGUUGUCGACAUCGCCUGAAAAAUCCGAUAUUUCUCGUAAAAGCUUAUCAGCUGGUGCUGUAAAUCUCUCCGAAGCAGAAGUUGUCGCUGAUGUCCGUAAUAACCUUCCUGCGGGAACAAAAAUACAGAGCUAUAAGAAGAUCGAUGACAACGAAGAGGAAAAAAUUCCCGAAAUCGAUAAGAAUGAAUUGAUGGAAGAAGUAAUUGACUUGGAAGAAAAUGCGGAAGACAAUACCUCAUUCCAGGACAAUAAGGAACUAAAUGAAUCAUCUUCAUCGCAAUUCAUAUUAGAACAGCCUAUAAAGGAAGUGUCCAAGCCGGACCGGAAGUCCAUGCCGCCCGUAUCGCUAGUUUCUGCACAGUUUUACAUCAGUGGAACGAAAAAGCGAAACACUAUCGGUGGUGGAGAGAGUAAUAUGCUAACAUCUACACCAAAACCAAACGAGUCUUUGGCGGUAAGAAAGCAGAAAAAUAAGCCGGAAGCGGAGAAAAGAAAUUCGAGCGGCAGCAGCUCGGUCGUUCCAAAUCCGUUUGCUCUCACCACCGGGGCGAAACUAAAGUCGCGCGUUUCAUUAGACACGGGUAUAGCGAUUGAACAAAAUGCAAAAAAAAUGCGCCUGUCUCUACCGACCAAAUUAAUCGAAAAAGAUAUGCCCUCGCGAACUGUUGUGAACGGUUCUCAGGAACCAGAGCCGGAACCUAUGGAAGUGGACGAAGUGAUCGAGGAGGAGGACGUUGUGAAUGGGGAAGUAACCAAACAAAAUGAUGAUGAAGAGACGGAUGAUGAUGAUGAUGUUUCAGUAGAGGUAGUACAGGCUGAAGAAAAACAGCGCAUUAAAAUUGUUAAACCCAAACCCAAAAACCUCGAGGAUUAUGAUCUAACUAACAUAUUGGUGCGCUGCAAUGAGGUCAUGCGAGAGGACAAGGAACGUAAAAAGCAGCUAGCAUCCGUUAUACGCAAGAAAAAGGAAGAGAAAAAGCGACUGCGAGAAUUGGAAAAACAGGAAGAGCUGGAAGCGGCCAAAAACGCUGCGAACACUUCGAAAGAUAAUGUUGAUGAUCCAAACAACGUCAAUGCCUCGACCGGUAAUGAGUCCGCCAGCAUGGCUGAGGAACCAACGAAGAAAAAGAAGAAGAGAAAGCCUAAGGUGAAGAAUUACUUAUUGGACGAGCUAGCUGAAACUAAGAAGGAACGAAUGGAACAGGUUUUAAAGCACAGAUUGGAAGUGAUCGAACGUCGAAAGCAGCGCAAAAAGGAUCGUCAGCUUGAGAAAAAGAAACAGCUGGAUAAGGAAAAUGGAAAUGGCGCGAGCGCAACAGGCGGUAUUGGAGCAAAGUUGGCAAAAAUGAAGAAAAAACAAAAGGCAAAUGAUGAAGCCAAGGCAGUUAUGGAAAACGAAUCAAAUGAUCCACCAGUUCGAGCAGCUCUUUCAGCAUAUGUCGUUUUUAAUCAACUGGAGAAAAAUCAAACUCCAUCAUCAGCUUCGAAGGCCUCGGUGGAUGGAAAGCAAAAGGAGCCGUCAGCCGAAGCGCAACAUUUGUCGCCUCAAUCUGCAAGUGAUGGUUUGAAGGAGGAUCCGGACAAGAUGUCCAAAAAGCAAAAAAAGAAACAAACUAUGGUGUCGGGUUCGGAAGGUAUGGAAAGCGUUCAGCACAACGCACUUUCAGGUGCGCAUAAAAUAUCUGCCAAUCGUGCUGUAAAUUCGGUGGAGAGUAAAGUAAUUGCUAAGCUCGAGCAAUAUUCAAAUGAUGAAAAGCCGAAAGAAAAGAAAAGAAAGAAGGAGCUGGUCGCAGAGCUGAUGUUGAAUGAAGUUGAUUCGGAUAUUAAGCAACAAAAGAGAGAUAAAAAGAUCAAACUGAACGGCGCAGCAGAAGAUCUUAACAAAUUCGCUCAUGCGAAACCUGCAAGGGCCAUAGCUGAGCUCCAUCUAGAGGAAGAACAGCUCCGUAAAUUAAAGAAAGGAAAAAAGAAGCUUGCUGCUCAAACGGAAAACGAUACGGUGGAGGAUAGCUAUAUGACUGAACUGUCUCGCAAAAAGUCAGCAUCCGUCGUGAUGGAAUCAACAAUACCAGUCCCGUCGAUCGCUCCCGCAAAGAAGCGUAAACGUGAGCAGCAGGGUGACAGCUCGGCCGCGACAACGCCCCGACCAGCGAAACACACGAAGCUUCGCGUCCUGCAGCGCAUUGAAAGCGGUGGCUUCUUCGUGGAAAAUGUGACGCCGGAUAAGGUACGCCUGAAGCGCAACUUUGGUUUCCAAGAGCGACCGGCGACACCGGCAAAGCAGCUGGGUUUUAAGGUUUCCUCACUUUUACCCACUGGACAAGAAGAGCUUCGGGACAUGGCAUCGUCCUCUAAAACGUAUCCCAAAGACGGCCGAAAGAAGUCCAAGUUCGGGGAUGUAGUCGGCCCGGAACGGAACAAGGGCCUACCGCUUCCGGUGUGGACCAGCUCGGGGGUAUUUUUCGAAUCUGCUGCCGAUGGCAAAGGGGCUGAAGGCGAUAAGAAAACUCAAAGGGAGAAAUCCGGUUACGUUCAGCUUAAAAGUCAGGGGAAAGGUGAAUUCAAUAUCAAAGCGCUCCGACCCGGAUCCAUUGCAGAAAAACCUCAACGUGUAGACUCGGCCAUUACUGCGAAGUCUGUGUUGAACUUCAAACGACAACAACUUCUUGAAAAGACAGCUCAUUUGCGCGAAAAGAAGAAGAAUCAGCGGAUGUAA